AUGCCCGGCCAAGCCGCCUCAACGCCGCGCACCACGCGAAAUAGCCGUGGGCUGCGUUUCACAACCGACUCGUGCCUGGGCGAUUCCGCCCGAGUUUCUCGCCGCCGCAGCAGCAGCGGCAUCCCGACUCGCACUACCAAUUUUGUGCGCGCGCUCUCGACCUGGGCCAACCCGGCCACCCCAGCUUCCCGGGCGCAGUUUGUACAACCAAGCCCUCCCUCCGCCACCACCGCCCUCGAGGCCGUCUCCAAGGAGCAGGCCCAGGCUGCGACUCCCUCUCCUUCCCUUCGCGCGGUCGACCGGCGGCCGAUUUACCCUCCCCCGGUUGUCCUCGCCCCGGCAACCCCAUACGCUCACGCCCCGCUGCCGAGCUCGUCUUCGCCGCCCGAGCACCCGCGGGUCACCGCCAUUAGAAUUGGGAGGAGGAACGCCUCCCCAAGAACCCCAAGCCGGUUUACCCGAUACAUCACCAAGUUCAUCGACGCAAGCCCGUCGAUUUCGCCCCCCCGCGCCCCCAAGAGCCCCGGGAGCGAGACUCGCCUCUUCAAGCAGCGCCGCGAGCAAGAAGGUGACGGGAAGUUUGCUAGAGAGUUGUGGAUCGCGCUCCGCAACGAUUCGUACAUGAGAGGGUGUUGGUGCGGCCCGCCCAACAUCUACAAUUCGAGAGAGGAGGCGGAAACCGCGGUCGGCCACCUGCGCUUUUACCUGGCCGGUUCUAAGAACAAGAAUUUGCGCGUCCUCCAGAAGAAGGACGACUUCCGUUGGCACUGCAAUUGCGGCAACAAAGACUACCACGCCGUCUACCAGAAUCUCAUCAAUUUCAACGGAAAGCGCUCCGCCGAAGACAUCGGAAUCGACCUGAUUUCGCGAAACCAAGACUCAGAGCGCAGCAAGAGCGCCAAGAGCGCUAAGAGCGUCGACCGAGUCAUUCCUGCAUCGAUCGAACCGAGCCCAGACGAGGAGGAGCAGUCACAGGCAAUCACUCUAGCAGGGAUUCCGGCACCUUCCCAGUCCAUGUGGGCGCAGGCUUGCGGCAUCAUCAGCCGUGCCGUCUUAACGAUGGGCAGCCCUCUCAUGACCGUUUUCGGCACGCUCCGCGAACAACUCUACAGCGAUGCCUAUGAAGCCCUCGACACCCGUCAGCAAGAUGCCGACAAUGGCACUAUCACUGUUAAGAGAUUGAAACGCCAAGUCCCAGUGCAACCUACCGAGCAGUCUACUUCGGAGCCCGCAGACGACGCCUUUGACAAUCUUGUUUGGACUGACGAUCCCACGAAGCGCAUCGGCUUCAAAAAUCUCCAGCGCCUGGCCGACGUUCUCGUCACUCAGUACGAGUGCGUCAAGAACAACGCCAUCAUGCUCGCCCCAUCAAUUGCAGCCAUCCGAACGGAGAUCCAAGAAGGUCAAGACGUCGCAACCAGCAUUGGCGUUCACAAAUACCGAGAGUACAUGUUUGGGCCCAUGUUGCUGGAAGAGUCCGAUGAGGAGAAGGCUGAGAAGUGGAUGGACACCAUGAAGGUGUAUCAGCAGCAUCUCGGAUGUUGCAUCGAGCUCAUCCAACAGAUUUACAACCAAGAUCAGCUGGAGGAGCUGAAGAGGAAUUACCCUGCCCCGCCCCGUCGCCUGCCCUUGGGCAGCCCCACGUUCAGACUGACCGCCAGGGUGGUUGGUGUUUUCCUCAGCUUCAUCCGUUCACUCAACACCGUGUGCACCAUAGACACACCCACGCUUGAGGCCAUCAGCCAGAUGAUUGUUGAUGCUAAUGCCAUCCACAAACAAGAGAUGCUGCCCAGCUUCGUCGAGCAGAAGCGCGACCCAACCGAAAACAUGCCCGGACACUUCCCCGAGGACAAGACCUCAGCCAUUGAGCAGAUCCCCGCCGACGAAUUCGAUAUCCCGUUGCUUUACGAUCUUAAGUUCCCGGAGCCAGAGACCUCAAACUGGCAGCCACAGACCCGGUUUGGCUAUUACAAAUUGGUGCCAGAACGGAAAGGCAUCUUGAAGCCCUCAAAGGAGUGGCACGUUCCGACGUCACCCAAAUACGUCGCGACCCCCGAGAAGAAGAAAAAGCUGUCCUUCAUCAACCCGGUGCACAAAUUUAUCCCUCCCACACAUAUUCCCUCCAGAAUCAUGACACCAGAGGAAGCAGCGCGGAUUGUCGAACCGAAGUUUCAGGCAGACAUCAUCGGCGAUGAGCAUUCAAUUCGCAUAUUUGAGGCUGCCAGAACCGUGGACCGCCACGGCAACCCGUCGCUCAAUUUCGAAGAUCGGUUCAACCUUGAGGCACUGGAGAGGGAUGACAAGGAGAUGGGGUUGACUUAUCACGCCAAAAAAUACGACGGCUUCCUCAACGAUCUGCAGGAUGACAUGUUGAAGCGGGCAGAGGAAGACAAAGAGAACCGCACGAAAACAAACCUCAAACUCACCCCUCGGCGGCGUAUGGUGCAGAUUCCGCUCCCGCCCUUACCCUCUACUCCCGAGAUGCGCCAGCGCAGAGCUCAUUUAUUCGCGGACGACACCAACAGCCCUGCAACGUCCAGUCCCGGAAUCAACCCGCUGAUGCGCGCCAAGGCGGAGGAGCAACUCCCCAAGCCUGCCCAGAAAAAACCGGGCCCCAGUUCGCUCGAAGAGUUCUUUGCCCAAGAUGAUGAUCUCGAGCUCCAACUCGACAUUUCCACGAGAAAGUUUGAGCAGCUGCAGAUUGAUCGCCAGAUCAAAGAAGAAUUGGAAUCUGCUGCCUUGCGAAGUGCCGAAGAGAAGCGCAAACGCGCGGAGGAAGAAGCACGCCGCCAGCAAGAGCGACGCUUUGAAGAGGAGCGCAGGAAGCGGGAGGAAGAGCGCCGCCGUGAGCAAGAAGCCCGGCGCCAGCGGGAGGCCGAAGAAUUCGCUGCGCUCACUGGUCUCAGACGACCCACCCGUCCGCUCAUUACUCCCCUGCCCAGCGACUGGGACCUUAGAGUCUCCAGUGCUGCCAAUGCGAACCCGCAGACCGAGCUCGUCAAAACCCUCGAGGGCCAGCCCCUUACCAGGCGCGAUUUCGAAGAGAAGCUCCUCCCGCCCACUGCUUGGCUGAAUGACAAUGUCAUCAUCGGCUCAAUCCUGCACAUUGCAGACUACAUCAACAAAGCGAAGGGCGCGAUAGACCAGGAGCCCAAAUGCGCCGCCUUCACAUCCUACUUCUGGCCCCGCCUCCUCUCCAAUGGCGCAGGUGCAUGCGGUCGCCUUCUGCGCAGAGCUGGUGUUCGCAAGGCAAACUUCCUCAACAUUGACACCAUCCUCAUUCCCAUAUGCGCGCAGUCGCACUGGACACUGGCCGUGAUCCGACCCGACAAGCGGACCGUCGCACACAUUGACUCGAUGCGCGGGGGCCGCGGUGACGAAAGCGUCAAGACCAAGCUGCUUGAGCUCGUGCGCUUUAUUCUUGAAGACAAAUUUGUCGAGGCUGACUGGAGCGCUGUCGAUUACGAAGGCCCGCGCCAGACCAACGGCUGGGACUGCGGCGUCUUUACCGUCACGAAUGCCAUGUGCAUGGCUCUGGGCCUGAACCCCAGGUUCACAUACACGGAGCGCGAGUUGACGCUGCAGCGAAGACGACUGGCAGCGAUGCUUCUCAAUGAAGGGUUCAAGGGCGACUUCAGCCUUGACGGGUUCUAG